AUGCCAAGAGAUCUGCCGCUACUCAGAGUUGCUGAGUUAACGCAGGAGAGGCAGGUUCAGUCGUCCUCCAUCACUGCUGACGUCGGCACCAUCCUGGAAUGGGUGACGUGGAACAACUCUCUCCCCAACAAUUCCAUCUCAAUCUACAAUCGAUAUGUUGAUCGCAUUGACUAUGUCUGCAAAUACAUGUGUAACGCUGGCUUUUAUAACCCCAGCAUGGGCCCUUAUUGCCACUAUCCCAGUGCAAAAAAAGCAUAUUUCGGUUCCCCCUUUGAGAUCCUGGUGAACAAAGACAAAUUUGAGAUCCUGCAGUGGAAGGACGAUUCCCAUGGUUCAGUGCCCCAGAAUUCAGUCAGAACCUGUCCCGGGGAGGACACAUAUGUAGGGAAGAACAAAUAUGGACUUGGGAAGGUGGUUACUCAGGAUAAAGCUUUCUACCUGCCUUGGAAGGAAAAAGAGUAUUCAUACAGCCACUACCAGGUCCUGACCUUCGAUCAGAAUGUAAACAGCCAGCAUAUCUAUGAUGUCAGGUACAACACUGAUGAGUCAAAUAUCUUAAAGUAUCCUCCAGAGAUCAUUCAAGAAACAUCCAUCAGCAACUAUGAGUGCCGCCCAGUGGUGAAAACAGAUACCCUCUCAAAGACAUAUCAGGUGGCGCACAGCUGGGACAUCACCUCUUCCAUCACAUUUGGUGUUAAAACUACCAUCACGGCUGGUAUUCCCUCAUUAUUCUCUGUAGGCAUUGAGUUCAGCACCGAGGCGACAUUCCAGUUCUCCCGGGAAAACACGGUGACGGAGGCCAUCACUGAUUCUGUCUCUGUGGAGCUCACUGCUCCACCAAACCACGCCUGCAUGGUUAAUAUGGUGCAGUAUAAGUACAAAGCUGACAUCCCGUUCACAGCACGCCUCAGACGCACAUACGGUAAUGGAGAGAUCCACACGAUGUCCAUCUCAGGGACGUACAACAGCGUUCAGAUUAGAGAAGUCCAGGCCGUGGUGGACCGAUGUGAACCUCUAGAGAAUACCCAGCCUUGUCCAUAA